AAAACAUAAACAAAUUAAGGAAAAAAUGAAGCAAACAAAUUUGAACAGUUUUUCUACGCACAGUUUAUACCGGAAGCGGGUGUUUUUGUUUUCGACUUUAAAAAUACUCAUUUGCAUGGUUUUAUUUAUUAAUGAACACUUCAAAGGAGUACAAUCUCAAGAACUGAUAGCCGUUGAGAUUGGCCAUAAUUUUACAAUUAUCUGUAAUACAACUCAGCAGUUUGUAAGCAAUGUUACAUGGAAGCACAACGAAGAAAUUAUCGCAAAUAAUAAUAAAAGAAUAACCACAUCGUUUACCAAGCCGUCUGUCAUUGAAAAUAUCAAUGAAAUCGAAGAGGAAACGAAACGCAGCUACGAAAGUAUAUUAUUUGUAACUGAUGCACAAUUUGCCGAUGCGGGAAUAUAUACAUGCGAGCCAAUACGAAAUGAUAGUGUGCCAUCUAGUUUUACUGUGCAAGUAUUGCAAACGCCGCGUAUUGUAGCGAGUAGUGAGGAGAAGGUGAAACAAAAGAGCGGACACGCUGUUGAACUAUACUGCCUCUUCGAGGUGUUUCCACACAACGAAACAUUUUAUAAGCAAUUGAAAUGGUUGAAAGAUGAAAAUUCUGCUGUUGAUUUUUUGGAUAAAGCCUCGAAUCUCAGUUUGGUAAAUUCCACAUAUAUAAAUCAUACGCUUAGUUUGCCUGAAGUUUACAAGAAGGAGAAUGGCACAUACAGUUGUGUUGCCUAUGAUAUGUUGGGUGCUACUGUGGCGAAAAAGGAUAUGGCCGUAUUGGUUAUGGAAAAGCCGCAUGUUAGCAUAGACUAUGUAAAAGUUGUGGGUGCAGAUAAAAUUUAUUUAAAUUGGACUGUCAAUGAUGGAAAUGAUCCGGUGCAAAAUUAUUUCAUACAAUAUAAGGAGGAAGGUUCAUCGGAGCUCAAGUAUUAUAAUCAUCAAAUUGGCGGACGUAAUACAUCUUAUGUUCUGGAGAAAUUUCAACCAAAUACCAGUUAUAAUUUACGUAUAAGCGCUAAAAAUAGCAUUGGUAGUGGACCGCCAUAUCAAUAUCCACUACCGGUACGCACUUUAGAGAAAGAUCCAAUAUUUAUACCAAAAGUCGGCACCACCGGUAGUACACCCUCAACUAUAACAAUUGGUUGGGAUCCACCACCACCUGAAUUAUUGCCAUAUAUACAAUACUAUGAGUUGGUGGUUGCAGAAGCUGGCGAGACACCACGUAUUAUUGAAGAGACUGUUUACUCACAAAAUUCACGUAAUCUGCCAUAUAUGUUUGAUAAUCUCAAAACAGCAACUGAAUAUGAAUUUAAAGUACGCGCCUGUAGCGAUCUUACAAAACAAUGUGGUCCCUGGUCGGAGUUUGUAAAUGGCACAACAAUGGAUGGUGUCGCUAGCGAACCUACUGAUCUUUACAUAACAUGCGAACACAAAAAUAAUACGCGUCACUCUGUAGCAGUGCGUUGGCAUAGCCCAAAAGUGCCUAACGGCAAAGUAGUAUCAUAUCACAUACAAUUGGAUGGUUUCGCUACCUAUAAACUGGAUGGCAAAUUGAGAAAUGAAACAUGGGGACCCAAGAUACGACGUGUCGACGAUCCGCAUCACAAUACAAUUUACAAUGGUGUGAAUCCAAACACUAAUUACACUGUCACCGUAUCGGCAAUAACACGUCACCGCAAAAUUGGCGCACCAGCAAGCGCACAAUGUACUAUGCCCAUAGCUGUGCCAGACGCGAUAAAUCGUAUUAUGUGGACCAAAAUAAAGGCAGCUGAUGAAAAGAGUGUAUUUAAGUUAUUUGUGCCACGCAUUAGUGAACGAAACGGGCCAAUUUGUUGCUACCGCCUGUAUUUAGUGCGUAUGGGUAACAAUAAGAAUGAACUACCACCGCCUGAUAAGCUGAACAUAUCCACCUAUCAAGAAGUGCAUUCACCAAAUAAUACCGAGGGUGGUGCUUAUUUGGCAGAAAUGUUUUCCGAUGAGCAUUUUCGCUCGGAAAUUUUUUUGGGUGAUGGUAAACGAUUUUUUGAGCAUCAGGGAUUAAGUGCCGCUGAGGCGGAUAAAACAUGUCGCCAUUGUUUGAGAGGUAGACCAUUUUUGCGUAUUCAACCACCUGCGAAAGUCGAAGUACCACCUGUUGAAAAUGUGGAUGCUUCAUCUGCGGUAUUUAAGACCCCACAGGAAAUAUCGCAGCGCGAACAAUUAAAAGCCAGCAAUCUCACAGAGGCCGCUUCAAAAAUUUUGGAUAAAAAACGCCGACGUAGGCGUAACCCUAAAGUUAUUGCCGGCAUCAAUAGUGAAAUAAGUUUUGAUAAUUUAAUGCUCGGCGAAAAUGAGUCAAACACGAACGCAGUGCCCAGCUAUCAACUAUCAUCCGAUGAAAUAGUGGACGGCGAGAUAGAUAUGAACAGCAAUUAUACCGGGUUUCUGGAAGUUAUAGUACGGGAUGGUGAUGUUGUGCUUACUGAAUAUAGUAAUUAUUUUGAAAUUAUCACGCCCGGUACUGUACCAGAAAACUUUCAAACGGAUCAAGACUUAUCAGUGGUGCUAAAUAUUUUCAUACAAGCUCUAGCCAUACUCAUUGGUAUAGUACUGGUUCUUAUUGUGGCCACAUGUUUCCUGCAUCAUUACAACACCAAAAAUACGGUGCCUGGGGAAGAGAUCAGUUUGAGGGACUCAUUGAGUCGUGCACUGUUUCGUGGUCGUACGCCCAAUCAUCGACACUUUAUCGGUUCGGGCAAUGGCAAAGCUUCCGAUAUUGGUCCAAUACAUAAAGCAGAUCUAUGUACUGCCUAUCGAAAUCGUCACAAGGAUACUGAUUAUGGAUUUUUGCGUGAAUAUGAAAUGUUACCAAAUCGAUUUAGUGAUCGUACAACAAAAAAUUCCGAUAUGAAAGAAAAUGCAUCGAAAAAUCGCUAUCCAGAUAUUAAAGCUUACGAUCAAACACGUGUGAAAUUGUCACAACUGAAUGGCAUACAGGGCUCAGAUUAUAUAAAUGCUAAUUUCGUUAUUGGCUAUAAGGAACGUAAGAAGUUCAUUUGUGCACAAGGACCCAUGGAGAGUACGGUUAGUGAUUUUUGGCGUAUGAUUUGGGAACAACAUUUAGAGAUUAUAGUGAUGUUAACGAAUUUAGAGGAGUAUAAUAAAUCAAAAUGUGCCAAAUAUUGGCCCGAAAAGAUAUCAGAUGCAAAACAAUUUGGUGAAAUAACCGUAAAAUUUGUUGCUGAACGAAGAAUGGGUGAUUACUUGGUACGAAGUUUAGAUGUUACCAGACGAAAUGCAACUAGCAAUGAGGAUGAUGAGGAACGACGUCAAAUUACCCAAUACCAUUAUUUGGUUUGGAAAGAUUUUAUGGCACCUGAACAUCCACAUGGCAUUAUAAAAUUUGUACGGCAAAUCAAUGCUGUCUAUUCGGUACAACGUGGUCCUAUUUUGGUGCAUUGCAGCGCUGGUGUUGGACGCACCGGAACACUUGUAGCAUUAGAUUCACUCAUACAGCAGCUAGAGGAGGAAGAUCAAGUAUCUAUAUUUAAUACAGUUUGCGAUUUACGACAUCAACGAAACUUCCUCGUACAAUCGCUGAAACAAUACAUAUUUCUAUAUCGCUCUUUGCUGGAUAUUGCACAGUUCGGCAAUACGGAGCUUUCUGCAGUAUCGCUAUCUAGUAAAAUUGAUAGCUUAAAGCAAAAGUUAAAUGAUGGCAAGGAUAAAAGUAAAUUAGAAAUUGAAUUUGAGAAACUUCUUGCCAUAACUGAUGAAACAGCAAAAUCCUCAGAGAUCGGUAGCAAUAAAGAGAAUAUGUCGAAAAAUCGAAACGAAGCUGUAAUACCAUACGAUCGGAAUAGAGUUAUACUAACACCCAUACCGAUGAAAGAGAAUUCCACCUAUAUAAAUGCCUCUUUCAUUGAGGGCUAUGAUAAUUCCGAAGCAUUUAUAAUUACACAAGAUCCAUUAGAGAAUACAAUUGGUGAUUUUUGGCGCAUGAUUUCUGAACAAAGUAUCACCACACUUGUGAUGAUAUCGGAGAUAGGGGAUGGCCCCAGAAAAUGUCCCCGUUAUUGGGCAGAUGAUGAAAUUCAAUACGAUCAUAUUCUCGUGAAAUAUAUGCAAAGUGAAAGUUGCCCAUAUUAUACGCGUCGGGAGUUUAAUGUAACAAAUUGUAAAAUUGAUGAUACAAUAAAAGUCACACAAUUUCAAUAUAACGGUUGGCCGACUGUCGACGGUGAGGUACCAGAAGUAUGUCGUGGUAUAAUCGAAUUGGUCGAUCAGGCGUUAAAUCAUCAUAGCAGGGAUAAGAGUAGUGAUUGCAAAUCGCCAUUGACUGUACAUUGCAGUCUGGGCACCGAUAGGAGCUCAAUAUUUGUGACUAUGUGCAUAUUGGUGCAACAGUUGAGAACCGAGAAGGGCAUUGAUAUUUGUUCAACGGCCCGAAAGAUUAGAUCUCAGCGGCCAAGGCUAUUAAAUUCAUUUGCACAAUACGAGUUCCUACAUCGCGCCAUAGCCAACUACGCUGACUUGCACAAAUUGUCGACGGAAACUGCGUCUUCUGAGUGUUAAUAAAUUAAGAUAUAUAGAGUAUAUAAAUAAAAAAAGUGGAUAUUUUAUAAGUUUACAUCACACACACACUUACACAUACUGAUUAGUCAUA